CCUGUUUCUCUUUUCACCUUUUCCCCUUUGUUGUAUAUGCAAAACUUUCAAAAGCUUUUCGAUCUUUAUCGCUCUUCGGUUCUUCCAUCAUCUCAGGGUCUCAAUCUUCCGUUUUGACUGAUCCGCGUCCAGGACCAAAUCGAUACUCAAGUCCACCGCGAUUACCUAGAUUCACUAGCUAGGUCUCUCUCUUUUUAACGGCGGAUCUAAGCCAAGUUCUCUCCUCCUUUGUUCAGCUACGGCGAAGCUUUCCAGCUCAACUCCUCCCUCGCAGCAGCUAUGUUCUGGAAGCUCACCUCCCUCUCUGCCUCAUCUCCUGUGGAGACUAUUUUAGACAAAGAAAACUUCACAUUGGAAGAGCUUCUCGACGAGGAAGAGAUUAUUCAAGAAUGCAAAGCUUUGAAUAGCCGCCUCAUUAAUUUUCUAAGGGAUAAAGCUCAAGUGGAGCAGUUACUGCGGUACAUUGUGGAAGAAUCUCCAGAUGACGCUGAUAGUAAACGCGCUUACAAGUUCCCAUUCAUCUCCUGCGAAAUAUUCACAUGUGAAAUCGCUGUUAUUCUAAAAACUCUGGUGGAGGAUGAUGAACUGAUGGACUUGCUUUUUUCCUUUCUGGAACCAAACCGUUCUCAUAGUGCAUUGCUGGCAGGCUAUUUCAGCAAGGUUGUCAUUUGCCUUAUGGUCAGGAAGACUGCAGCGCUUAUGAAUUAUGUAAAAGGCCAUCAAAAUGUUUUCCGCCAGUUGGUUGAUUUGAUUGGAAUAACAUCCAUCAUGGAGGUUUUGGUUCGCUUGGUCGGGGCUGAUGAUCACGUCUACCCCAACUUUCUGGAUGUGAUGCAAUGGUUGGCUGAUAGCAAUUUACUUGAAAUGAUUGUGGACAAACUUAAACCAUCUAGUCCUGCGGAGGUUCAGGCAAAUGCAGCAGAAACAUUAUGUGCGAUUUCUCGGAAUGCACCGUCAGCUUUAGCUACACAGCUCUCUAGCUCUAGCUUCGUUGCUAGGAUAUUUGGUCAUGCUCUGGAAGACUCACACUCAAAAUCGGGUCUAGUUCAUUCGCUUUCGGUAUGCACCUCUCUGUUGGAUCCGAGGAAAUCUUCUGCGUCAUCAUCAUCCAUGUUCAAUUCUUAUAGAGGUCAGCCUAUUUUCGAGGCUCCUCCCGUCCCAGUGACCCAGGAGACUAUUGAUGCCAUGCUGCCUAAACUCGGCGAAUUGCUUAUGCUUCUCAGUGUAGCAUCUGACAGCACAGUAUUGCCUACAACAUAUGGUGAACUGAGGCCGCCUCUUGGAAAGCAUCGUCUAAAGAUUGUGGAGUUCAUUGCAGUUCUGUUGAGAACUGGAAGUGAAGCUGCAGAGAAGGAGUUAAUUAGUUCAGGAACAACUAAAAGAACACUUGAUCUGUUUUUUGAGUACCCAUACAAUAACGCUCUGCAUCAUCAAGUGGAGAGUAUUAUACUUUCAUGUUUGGAAAACAAGAGCUAUUUGCUGGUUAACUAUAUCCUUAGAGAAUGCAAUCUCAUUGGAAAAUUCCUCGCUUCAGACAGGGAUACAAAUCUCUCAAGUGAUAGCCAGCACACUGUAGCCGCCACUGGGAAAAAACCCCCUCGAGUUGGAUAUAUUGGACAUAUCACAAGAAUAUCAAAUAAAAUUGGACUGUUGAGUAACAGCAAUGGCCAGAUAAAGGCAUACCUUCAGGAAACCAGCGACUGGAAUGAGUGGCAAGGUAGCGUUCUACAGGAGCGCAACACUGUUGAGAAUGUCAACAGAUGGGGAUGCGGGCGACCAACUACAGUACAAGAUAGGACAAGAGAUAGCGAUGACGAUGACAGGGAUUACGAUGUUGCAGCUCUAGCCAAUAAUUUAAGCCAAGCUUUUAGAUACAAAAUGUAUGGAAACGAUGACAACGAAGAGGACCACCACAAUGCUCUCGACAGAGAUGAUGAUGAUGUUUACUUCGAUGAUGAAUCUGCUGAAGUAGUAAUCUCAUCCUUGAGGCUCGGUGAUGACCAAGCUUGUUUACAAAUUCGGAUUGGUUCACAUUCCAAGACAACAGAUUCGGCAGCACGCCCCCUGACACAGCAGGUUCCAAUACAAUAGAGGAAGCUGAACUGAACAGAGCCUUGAAUGCCAACACUAGCAGCAGUGACGACGACGAGGUUGUGGCUGGAGAAGAAGACAAUGAUCUAACAAGGAGUCCAGAAGAGAGUCCAAUGGGGUUCUCCAACUUCAACACGUUGGAUAAAACCGAAGAAGCUUUUGCAGAACAGCCACCUGAAUGGGUUGGGUGGGGAGAACCAUCAUCCGAGAUGCAAGUGAGUGGCACUGGUCUGAACCCAUUCAUUGAUAAUGAUGUCGACACACCAAUGCUUGAGGUUAAAACCGAACCAGUGAUUCAAAACGGGUCAGAAAGAUCGCUGUUCGAGGAGUAUGUGGGAGUGGAAGCAGAAGGGACAGAGAAAGCGAUGGAGCAGGCGAUGAAAGAAGGGAUAGUAGGGGAAGCUGGAGCAAUGAAGAGGAACAUGGAGAUGGUUGAGGACGACCAAAAGGCUGAGGAAAGUUUGGGAGUGAAGGAGUUUAACGAUAACAACUACUGGAAAGUGAAUCAAGAAGUUGGAGUUCUUGAGUCAAAAGAAACAGCCUGAACAAGUCAGUAAUCAUCUUGUACAGUACUAUAAUUUUUGUAUAAGAGUGUUGUGUAAGUCUCUCUGUGAACAAAGCUUUGUUUCUUUACUCUUUUCAUUGUUAGGUUGCUUUGCCUUCCACAAAGGUUGUUCUUGAGCAGACAUUUAAACUCGUUUAGUGUUUUAGUUUAUCUCUAGAUUUCAAAA